AUGGCAUCACAACUGUCGAGGCCGACAUCAUCUCAGAAGGAGGAUUUUCAGCAUGUUUACUCUGCUGCUGGAGGUGCAUACGGUGCAACGUCAUUGACUGAACUAAGCCUCAAAGAAUUGCGUCAAAUCUUGAGUGUCAACUUUGAAUCAAACUUUUUCGCUUACCGUGCAACCAUCCCAUAUCUACUAGAGCAAGAGAAAGCAACUAGCUUUACACUCUGCACCGGAGUACAGGGUGAUAUCGCAGUUCGCGCAGCACCCGCUCUCUUACAAGGUCCCCUUUUCUCGAUGGCAAACGUAGCCUGCCGUGACAAUACUGAUACGACCGUUCGCUUCAACGAAAUGUACCUUAAUUGUCGAGUUGAAGUUGAUUCAUCAGCGGCUCAGACAGGAGCAAUGACAUCGUCUAAUUUUGCUCGUGCUUAUACGGAACUGCUUUCUAGACUGGAAAUCAAAAGUUCUCGCAUCAUUGUAUCCACACAUGAUGAUUUGAAGGAUUUGAAGCACAAGAAGAAGAUUGCUUAG